AUGGCCCAAGGCAAGGGCUUUAAAAUCAUCAUUGCCGGAGGCGGUAUUGCCGGCCUAACGUUGGCAGCCAUCCUUGAGAAAUUCGAUAUUGACUAUAUCCUGCUCGAAUCGCAUGGAGAUAUCGCUCCUGAAGUCGGUGCAAGUAUCGGCUUGUUCCCCAAUGGGCUACGCAUCCUCGACCAGAUCGGGUGCUACGAGGCCAUCAGGGCAUUGCCUGAGACCGAUGUCAGGCAUACGCGUGUCGCCGACGAAAAUGGCAGAACAAUAGCCCAAAGGACAGACCCCAUGCCUCACUUGGAACAGAGGCUGGGAUAUCGGAGCAUUUUCUUUGAUCGCCAGUGGUUAUUGAGAAUCCUCUACGACCACCUGGCCCACAAGGACAGGGUCAAGCUCAACAAGAAGGUGUCCCAGAUCAAGCUCGUCCCCGGCGGUGUCGAGGUCCUUACCAAGGACGGCGACAAUUUCAAGGGCAGCAUUGUUGUCGGUGCCGAUGGGAUCUACAGCACCGUCAGGGCAGAGAUGUUUCGCCUUGCCGGCGAGCUCCAGCCCGACUACCUUGACCAAGAGGAGCUGGACAAGGUACCCUGUUACUACAAGUGCAGCUUUGGCAUCGCAAAGGACGUACCGAACUGGAACUAUGAACAUAUGUACAUGGUUCAGUCAGAAGGUGCUUCCCAGAUGCUCAUCUCGGGACCUGAGGGCAGGCUUUACUGGUUCUUCUUCAGCCAGCUGCCCGAGACCAAGUACGGCAAGGCCAUCCCGAGGUACACCGAGGAGGACGAGGCGCAAUUCGUCAAGGAGAACGCUUACCGACCCAUCACCGAGACCGUUACGUUCGGCCAGGUGUUCGAGAAACGCAUCUCGUCAACCCUUACCCCUUUGCACGAGAAGGUGUUCGAGAAAUGGUUCUUUCGCCGCGUCUUCAUCCUCGGCGAUGCCGCCCACAAGCCGAACCCCAUCGGCGGACAAGGAGGCAACAAUGCCAUCGAGACCCCCGCGUCGCUCGUCAACGUGCUGUUGGAGAAGCGUGACAGUCGAGGAGGCAACCUGGACAACCUGACGGACAAGGAAAUCGAAGAAGUCUUCUCGCGGGUCUUGGACAUCCGCCAUGAGCGAGCCAAGAAGUUUGUGAAAGAGGCACAUCAGAUGCAGUCGCUCUUUGCCAAGGAGAAGCCCCUACUGUCAACGAUUCUGAUGCGUCUCGAUUCUAUCAAGGGCCUGGAUCCAGGCAUAGACAGGCUGGGAUCAAUCUGCAGGCCUGCCGUGAGGAUAAACAAGCUCCCCAUCCCGAAACGCCCGAGGUCGGUCCCGUACGAUGACGAGCUCCCGGCGAAACCCAUCCACUCCAAGGCCAACUUGUUCGUGAAGCUGCUGGUUGUUGGUGCCAUGCUCUUGCUCCUAACCAUAUCGGCCCUCACCCUUCGUGUUCCCUUCGAGCCGCCCGCGAUUUGGGGCCGUGACGGACCACUGGUGGAACGUGUAUGGUUCAGCGGCGCACCUGCUCUGAACGAGUUUACCAACUUCCUCGUCUCUGUCUUCUCCCUGCAGGUCGGCGUCCCAGACGUCGGCCCCAAGAUACACACGGCCAACUUCUUCCUGGGUCAGCUGACGUCUUAUAUCCUCAUAUGGAUCAUCGAGUCCUACCGCGCUGGCAACAAGGGCACCCUCAUCACGCUGCCCAUCAUCCCUCUGUUCCUUAUGCAGUUGCAGGGCAUCUUCCGCAUGGCACCUCUGUAUGUCAUCUUCGCCAUCUUUGAGGGCUUUGAUCUGUCGCCCGGGCGGUUCGUGCGCCCGGCAGUCGCCAAGUCUCUGAUUCCCGCGCUGGUGCUCGGAUACAUCAUUCCGACAACCUUGAUGAUCCUACCCACGCCCAACGUCCACGUCCUACAGACCUACGUCGCAGUCUGGCAGCCGUCUCCCGCGUUUGUCGCCGUUCUCGUCUCGUUGUUUUCUAGGGUGGUUGGCUGGUGGGACCGCCUUGGGGCGCAGAAGAAGAAGGAGAACAGUGACAAGGCCAUCGAAGCUGCAAAGGUGAGCGAGAAUUCAAAGGAAGGCAAAGAUUCACGAAAGAGCAGGGCCGCUCGGGAGAAACAGCACAUGGAGGACCCCAACGUGCCGAUCGAGCAGACCCUGGAGCGCUACAAGAACCCGGACCUCCCGAUCCUCCAGGCCGCCUACUCAGUGCUGUUCUGGCUGCAGGCGGCCGCCCACAUCUCCACAUUCAUCUACACCUACCACCACCCGGAUCUCACCAUCUCGGAGCUCUUCUUCGGCCUGCAGGAUCCCUUCGCCGCGGACUGGGGCAUCACCGACCCCGUCGCCGCGAUGCUGGCCUUCCUGCAGUACGACAUGGUCGUCUCGGCCACCGCGCUGAUCGUCUACGAGCUCUUCUCCGUCUGGAAGCUGCGCCAGAUGGGCUACGUGACCACCCGCCGCGCCGCCGUCGCCGUCUUGGGCGUCGCCGCUGGCCAGCUUACUGUUGGGCCCGGGGCCACCUGGGCGGCGCUGUGGUCCUGGCGUGAAAACGUCUUGGCCAACGUGGUGCCGGUGAGGUGA